UAUUGUUGUAUUGUCUGUGGCAUGUGUUUCAGGAACGUUUGUGUUCAAAUGUCUGGUCCACAUUGCGUGUCAGCAUUAAACCAGUCGACCUUUGUAAGUUAUGUAUCUGUGUUGUGUUUGAACUUCAAUGGGGAACGUCAAUAAACAGCUUGACGCAAGCACUUGACCAAUUUUUUUGAAAAAUUGUUCCCCAGUUUGUUGUUAAGUUUGUCAUCACAAUUUAAAACCACUGUACUGGGUAGCACAUAACAAUGAAUCGCAUAUUUGAAAAUCUAUUUUGUCACGUUGCAUCAUCCAUAUUCGCAUGUCUGUAUUGCAUUUAGUUUGAAUGUGCACUCAUUGACCCCUUCAUUUGGCACAUGCCCUGGGGCCAAUAUAAGAUCUGUAUCAGAAAUUCUGCCUUCAUAAAGAUAAACAGAAACAAAUAAUUACCACUAGCAUUCCCCAAACCUGCCAAACAAAAUCACAACUUUAGUUUUACAAGUUAGCCUCUUGCAUGUUGUCAACUUUGACUUUGCUUUUCAAUUCAAAAAUGAAGGCGAGAGAGGGAGACCAACUUUUGGAAAAGAGGUAACUCAUACUCACAUACUCGACAAUGUGAUUUGAUGCCCCAGCCGUUUCGGUUACAUAGUGAAGGAGAGGGAAGGAAGGAAAGUAGGGGGGGGAGAGUAGCAGUUGAAUGUGAACCACAUCACUGAUGGCAACACGCGGACAACAUCAGGACGAGGCUUUGCAGUGUUGCUGAAAUGUGCAAUUUACUUGCUCCGUUGUGGAUCCGACCUUUGGAUGGACUUCAACCAGCAGUUCUAAUGGGGAGUAGCUGCAGUAACCUCGUUUAAGUCUUUUUCUUUGACGCCGGCCGGGUCACCGAGCCGAGCACUCAGUGGGCUCAUUCGCCAGUGCGCAGCCCGAAGCUGGACAGUUGGCGAGAAUGUCAGGUGAUGUUUUCGAACCUGUCUGAAGAGGGAGUGUGGAUCAUGUGAUUUAAAAGGUGUCAAAGGGGACAGAAAAAGAGAAGGGUAAGACUGACCAAGAGUCAACUCAAAAUUGAGAUUUAUAUAUUAGAACUUGACUACCUGCACUUCUAUUACUAAUACUACCACUAUUCUUCCGACUAUUUCUAUUUUUAUUACUCCGCAUUGUGCAAGCGGAAGGCACAAAGACAGUUAAUUGGCCGUAGGCGUGAUGCUUUUUUUGCAAGCUCCAAACAAAAGCGGCGACUAAGUUUGUCUGUCAUCACAUCACAUCACAUGACACUGUUGUGACUCAAGCACAGAGUCGGGAGGCCACAGAAUGGGCAACUCCUCCGGCAAGGGCGAGGGAGACGAGGGGGAAGACGAAGAAGAGGAUGAGAAAGACGGUGAAGAGGUGGUAAUAGUGCGGAAGAAGAAGAAAAAAGAGGAGGAAGUCGAGGAAGAGCUUCCACUGGGGGUGGAUGAGUUGCUGGAGAGUGGAGAUCCAGUGUUGGACCUGAGCUACCGGAAAUUUAAGCGUUUACCUGCUCGUGUUUGCGCACUGAUGCAUGUGGAGAAGCUCUAUGUUUGUGGAAAUAGCCUGCGCGCGCUUCCCGACAGCAUCACCCAGCUGCAAGGUCUGCGGAUUCUCGCCCUGGACUUCAACAAGAUGGAGGAUGUUCCUCUCGCCAUUUGCCAGCUGGCUAACCUCAGCCGCCUCUACCUGGGCAGCAACCGCCUCAUGACGCUCCCUCCCGAGGUGAAAAACCUGCAGAGUCUCCGCUGCCUGUGGCUGGAGAGCAACUACUUCCAGUGGUUUCCCAAAGAGCUGUACGAACUUCCCAAUCUCAAAUCCCUGCAGAUCGGUGACAACCGUCUUAAGAACUUGCCUCCUGACCUGUGCCGCAUGGAGACUUUGAGGGGGCUGUGGCUCUAUGGGAAUCGCUUCCAGACCUUCCCUAAAGUCCUCCUAAGCAUGGAGGGCUUGGAGAUCCUGGACCUGGACCGCAACAAGAUAUCCGAGUUCCCCAGCCUGAAGCGCCUUCGAUCCCUUCGCCUUUUCUCCUAUGACCACAACCCGGUCAAGGAGCCUCCUAAAGUGGGCGAAGAGGUAUUAGUGGUCGGGGAGGGCGCUGCAGAGUUCUUGGAGGAGCGUGAGGCCAGGAAGGACCGGAGGCGCAACGAGGCAGAGGAGGAAGAGGAGGCUGCUCUGGCGGGAGAGGAGCCCAUCAUUCACGGCAUUUUGAAGAAUAGCAGCUCCAAACGAGCCGCCGUGGAGGAGGACGAAGCGGAGACCGGCUCUCCGGUCCUGGAGUACGACGGCGGCGAGCUGCAGUCUGACGACGAGGCCUUUGAGUAUGAGACGGAGGAGCUGAUCUAUGAGGCUGAGGGCUUGGAGUAUGAGGAAGAGGAGCUGGAGUAUGAUAGGGCUUACGUAGAUUAUGAGUAUGAGGAGGACAUGGAGACAAAGGCGGAGACCUGAACUCAAACCUCCAUCCAGACUGAGAGAAUCUGCGAGCAGGUGCACAGCAAGGUUGCUUUGUUGACAUUGUCCCGAACUGUGAAUAUAAAAGAAGGAGUUUCAUCUCAGGCUACUGUGAAGCAGACCAGAACUGUGUGUGUGUGUGCGUGCGCGUGCGUGUGUGAUAUUAUUAAACUGUCACCCACCUGAGGAAGUCACUGUCAAUCAUUUCUAAUACAGGAAGCCCACCAGUUGUUCUCAGCUGCAAACAAAGAGAAAAUGUUAUCACUGUAACUUUUGUAAUAUGCCUUGUUACUCAGGUUGAUAAUAUAUUGAAUGAUGAAAUGAUUAGUAAUCACGCAAAAUUUUCCGAUUGUCUGAAAUUAAUUGUUUAGUAUUUACUCCUUGGUUUGGAAAUGUAGCCAAAUACUAUUUGAUACUUGCAAAGGCACAGCUUUUACACCUCAAACACUAAACCAUAGAAAAAGGGACACCCGAAAUACCCUGAAAUGCAGUAAUAUUGUAAACUUAGUGGGCUCGGUAACUAUUCUUUAUCCUCUGCAAAACAAACAAACAAAACAAAACAACAAAUAUAAUAUUUGUGGGGUGUCUGGAAUGAAUUAACGGCAUUUCUAUUCAUUUCAAUGGGGAAAGAUUAUUUGAGAUACAUGUGUUGGGUAUCUAAAGCCACUACUGUACUGUAUUCACUCCAAACACUGUCUUGGUUCCUCUAACUAUGCCAGCAAUAUUGUAUACAGUAUCAGACAGGAAGAACAUUUAAAUGCUUGCCAGCUCAACGGAAGAGGAUACAAUGAACCUAUGUAUCCACUUGUUGCCAUUCAUACAAAAAAAAAAAAAAAAAAAGACUUACUCUGAAGGUGGUGGUGUGCCCUGGGAUUUUUCUAAUGUAAAAUAUAUGCCUUGGCUCAAUAAAAGUUGGGAAAUGUCGACCACGUCCCUCAUUCCAACAUUGCAGAAUUUACACUGAUUGUGGUUGGGGCGUCUGUUUAAUGUACCCAGCGGCGCACCUCAAGGUGACCAUGUAAAAGUGUUUAUUGGAUUUAGAGCUACAAAAUAUUACCGACGCACUAUAGACACGAGCCCCUUCCUGGUGUCUGCGUUGUGUAAGCACUGCCGUGAGGUCCAAGGAUGAUGGUUGCGCGUGGCCACACCGUAAAAGGCAAGUCCACAUGGAGGCCUGCUUCAAACAGGAAGCAACAAGUAGCCCGUUCUAAAUUUUCCUCACUCGCUGCACCUCCUUGUAGGUCACGGCUUCCGCUCCAUCAUCAACUUUGUAUACCUCUUUUUCUUCCCAACGGUCCACACCUCCUCCACCUGAGUCUCUGAACGCGAACAUGUCCUCCUCUCAUCCCCGCAGUCAUUAUUCAUGGAGGGCUCGAAGCGUAAUGCAAUCCUCGCAUCUCCCCUCCCUCUCGUUGAAAGAGUGAAAUAUUCAUCCGAGCGCUGAAAUAUUCAUGCUGCCGCGUACCCUCAUGUGUCUGUCUCUGCUGCUGGUGUUACUCGGCACGCUCAAUCUGAUGAUUGCCUUACUGGAAUAUUGAUCAUCCGAGGAACACAAGAUUCACACAUGAAGGCGAAUCCAUUAAAUAUCAAGUUGCAACCAAAUUUAUUUUUCAUUGUCACCAUCCAUCCGUUCCCCAUAGUGCUCGUCCUCAUUAGAGUCUGGUGUGAGCUGGAGCAUCUGAUUUGGCUUGAAAGGCGUGCUACAUCAUCGACUGCCAUGGCAAAAUGGUCUGGUCUGGUGUAGCAGCUUUAGAGUGCCUCGUAAUCAGCUCUGAGUGCACGUGCAUUACGCAGAGAAAACAAAACAGCAUGGAAGGGGAGAACAUAUUAAAAAAGACAAAUCUGACUUGAUUGGAAGUGUAUUGACUGGUGAUUCGGGCUGGCGUGCCUGCUUUAGAGUGCCUCAUUGUUGCCCCAUGACGACCUAGUGGGUUAUAUUCCAGUCAACAGGGGCUCAUAUAUU